CACUUCCUUGUCGUGUUUAUUUUUACCGUUUCGUGUCAAUAAGUACUUAAAUGUUGAUACUUUCAGUUUUUUAUUUACGUUUUCAUUGUUCAUGUAUUGUCAACUUAUUGUCAUCGUCAACAUCAAAUCAUAUUUUACACGUGUUUACAUAUUUUUUAUGCCUUGCACUUAACAUGACACAUUUUUAUCGUUAUAAAUAUGGAGUUAAACCUGCACCAUUCGCAGCUUUCUCUCUCCUUGCAUCUGGAUUUAUAGCUACUGCUCAGAUAUUAGGUUCAGAAUGAAGGUAUCCGCUGUUGCUGUAUGUAUGAGCGUGGCUCUUGCUGUGGCUCUGGGACAAAACUCUAACGGACUGAACAUGAAUAUGAACAGUAACUGGGGUUUGAAUUCUAAUAUGAAUAACUGGAAUGGCUUGAAUUCUAAUAUGAACAACUGGAAUGGACUGAAUUCCAAUAUGAACAACUGGAAUGGAAACAACAACAACUGGAAUGGAAACAACAACAACUGGAAUGGAUUGAAUUCUAACAUGAACAACUGGAAUGGUCUAAAUUCCAACAUGAACGGACUGAACCGUAACUGGAAUGGCAUGAACAUUAAUGGCAUGAACAUACUGAAUACAAAUAUGAGGAACAUUAACGGAGGGAGAGACGACCCAGCCAGAAUGUCUGAGGGUAUCUACGAUGAUGCCACAGCCAUGUCAUCAAAACAUUAUUAUGUGCACGAGCCACCUCAGCCUGUGACUGUUAUAUCCAGUGGAGAUGUAGGACCUGCACCUGUGUACAUGACGUCAUCAUCUGGGGACGACGUCAUGAUUGUCGCCACGUCAGCAGAUGAUCCGACUGAAGGUCAUGUGGUCGUAGCAGGUGGCGACAACAUUGGAAUGUUGCCAAAAACAGACGUAUAAUAAUCCAAAAACCUGCUCAAAUGUGGCGGCUUCGGAAUGAAGUACGGAAGAUAACUCUGUCCUGACUACGACGGUUGCUACAAAGAAAGGUGUUUUUGAGAUUUAUUGACGUCAAAUGCUAUAUGAUAAUCGUCAUUUAAAUCAUUCAUGUCAUCAAUAAAAAAUAAAACAUGA